UUUUAUUAGCCUUCUAUAUAUUUUUGCUUGUAAAUUUUUUUUUUCGGCUUGGUUACUCAGUUUUAAUAUAGUUUAAUGUUCUGGAAAUUUGCUUCAAUCGUUUGAUACCCGGUAAAACAGCCCAAGAAAGAAAAAAACACCUCCACUUAUAGCUGAAGCAAAUUCGAGUCCGACUGCUUUGAUUUUGGUUCCAAGUUUACAUUUUUUCUUUUGGUUUAGUAAUUUCCGUGGGUUUUCUCUUUAUUCUACGGGAGGCUGUCAGUAAGUGUUCUUUAAAUUAUGACGGAACUGACUAUAUAUUGAAAAUUUUUAUUGUGGCUGCCUGGGAUUUUAGAUUUUAUUAAUUGGUUUUAAAUUUUAUGUUGUAAUUGGUCUCGUGUGAUCCGUCUCUAUUUCUUAAGUUGCUGUCCUGCUCCAUUGAACAAACAAUGUUAAUAAAUGUGAAGCCAAUAAUAGUAUAUUCAUUCCCGAAUACUUUUGGAAUUAUUUGCUUUUAAGUCCUGAGGUAACUUUGUGCUGAAGUUUUUUAGGGAAACCCAGCGUCUCCUGCUGUCUUUCUCUUUUAUUAAGGCUGUGUUUGUGUCGGCUGAACGUAUUUUCUGGGAAAACACAUUCAUCUCUUGACCUGUUUAAGAAGGGGAACAAGAGAGGUCAACGGAAAGGGACUAGUGGGUCAAUGGGAAAAUCAUGUGUCUUCCACGGUCCAUCCUUUUGUUUCACGCAUUCUUCUUCACCUAAGCAAAAGAGAAUAGACAGAGAGUUUUUUGUUGAAAGAAUUUUAUUACUGCAAAUAAUCUUGAAAGAUUUGAUCUUUUCUCACCUUUCAUGCUCUCUCAAUUCAUUCAAUUUGCAUUUACAGCGAAUCUUCUGCUGAAAAAACUUUAUUAUUGCGAAUAAUAUUAUUAGAUUGAUUUUCUAUUUUUCUUGAGUGUGUGUGUGUGUGUCUCUCUCUCUCUCUCUCUCUCUCUCAUAUAUAUUCUUAAAUGUUACAUAAAUCAUUCUUACUUGAAAUUUUAUUGUACCUGUUAGUUUGUUCUCUCUCUCAUAGAAUGCUAAUCUUGAUUCAUUUAGUGGAGCAUUUAAACUUAUGGUUCUAAAAUGUUAUUCCUCCAGGCAUUGGUUUUCUUCCAUGAGGGUCUCUGGUACUUUCAUGGAGGAUUGGAAUCUCUAAACUUGUUAGAUAAUACAUAUCAGCUCCCACUUUCUACAUUGAAGCCUAUUUUUGGUGAAUAUACAGCCAGAAGAUUGUAAAUAUAUAAUAUGGGAAUCCUUACCCGCAGCGCUGUUAGCAGAAAACCAAAUGAGACCAUGAGGCUUAUUGUUACUACGUUUGUUGGAGUGGUUUUUGGCUUUUUUAUAGGAGUAUCAUUUCCAACGUUGUCAUUAACUAAGGUGAAUCUUCCAUCCCGCCUUUUUCCUACCAUUGACAUCUCAUACAUUAAAUAUAAAGAAUCAGGCAUUCGAAAUGCUUGGUCAUCUGUGAAUAAUAAUAAUGAUAGCAGAUCAACUCGAGCUCAAAAGUUGAAUGAUACAUCAAAGAUAUGGGUUCCAUCUAAUCCUAGAGGUGCAGAAAGACUACCUCCAGGUAUUGUUGAAGCUGAGUCAGACUUCUACCCACGAAGAUUGUGGGGUAAGCCCAGUGAGGACUUAACCAGCAAACCACAGUACCUUGUAACCUUCACUGUAGGUUAUGAACAGAGGAAGAAUAUUGAUGCAGCGGUGAAAAAGUUUUCAGGGAACUUUACAAUCCUUCUAUUUCAUUACGAUGGCCGAACAACCGAAUGGGAUGAGUUUGAGUGGUCAAAGCGUGCUAUUCAUGUGAGCAUUCAUAGACAAACUAAAUGGUGGUACGCUAAACGCUUUCUGCAUCCUGACAUUGUGGCUCCAUACGACUACAUAUUUAUCUGGGAUGAAGACCUGGGAGUGGAGCAUUUUAAUGCGGAAGAAUACAUAAAACUAGUGAGGAAGCAUGGCUUGGAGAUUUCACAGCCUGGUUUGGAUCCUACCAGAGGAUUAACAUGGAAAAUGACAAAGAGAAGAGGUGACCGUGAAGUUCACAAACAAACAGAUGAGAAACCUGGCUGGUGCACUGACCCACGUAUGCCUCCCUGUGCAGCGUUUGUUGAAAUCAUGGCUCCAGUGUUUUCGCGAGAUGCAUGGCGCUGUGUGUGGCAUAUGAUUCAGAAUGACUUGGUCCAUGGGUGGGGUCUUGACUUUGCUCUUAGAAAAUGUGUAGACCCUGCCCAUGAGAAGAUUGGAGUUGUAGAUUCACAAUGGAUUGUUCAUCAAACUGUUCCCUCACUUGGUAACCAGGGAGAAGCACAUAAUGGGAAGGCACCAUGGCAAGGGGUAAGGGAGAGGUGUAGGAAGGAGUGGACAAUGUUCCAAAGUCGGAUGACAAAAGCGGAACAUACAUAUUUUAAGGACAUGGGAAUAGACCCUUCCAAUUCGACAGUUCAUUAGGGGACAGCAACAUAAUAUAAUGAUCGUACGCUACCAGCACCACCUGCCAUGAGGUUACUAAUUGCAUUGCUUUGUAAAAUGCAUUAUCAUAGAUUGAAACCAUUAUUUAUUUUGACACUUAGUUAAGCACAAUCGUGGAAAGCCAUACAAAAUUUUAGUGCUGACUAGAGUUAUA